CUGGGUGAUAUAAAUGCUGCUCUUCCUCUAUGAGGCCCAUGGACUUGUCAGAGAUCGAUCGAUUUUCGGAUUUUCGAUUGACAAUAUAUUAAAAAUGAACCAAAGAAACAUAAUGCCAUCACGGCCGCGCUGCAGAUUUGUUUGCCCACUGCCGGCAAGACAGCUACUACUUGGGGACCUAUGGGCAUUAUGGUUCAGUACUUAACCACGGGGAACAAAAUAUCCGUGGUUUGCGAUUGCGAACUUACAGCGUUCAAACAUCUCAAUACUAGUUUGACUAGUUACGUGCUUGUAAUGACCGAAUGAUAUGGUUAUCACCAUGAACAGCGGCCGUCGCCUGCAGGAUAAGUACUUUCAAGGUAGCCAGUUGGGUGAAACCUUUGCUGUUCCGACGCUGUUCAAUCUUUUCGGCUCUCCCACCGCAGCUCUCACACCACCCCACAUACUUGGAAAAAAAGACGGAGAAGAAACCAAAGAAGAAAUCAGACCCUGCGAGAGACCCUCAGAUAAGAACUGUCAUGGAGCGUCAACCCCUGGACCUCCGCAUCCGCAGCUCCUGGCAAGUGCGCGCCGCAGCCGGCGAGCCCUACGCCGUGGUGCGCGUCCGCAACCUGCAGGCGACAGUGCACGCCGCGCAGGACGCAUGGGGCCGGGCCUCCAAGGCGCAGCCCCUCCUCGUCUCGGCCGAGGUCUCGAUGCGCGACACCUUCGAGGGCUCCUCGGCGGCCGACGCGGUCGCCGCCGACACGGUGCACUACGGGACCCUGAGCAAGGUCAUACUGGCGAGCCUGGAGCGCUACCGGCAGCCGCCGCCCGGCCAGGACGACGCCGACGACGGUAACGGCAGGAGCCUGAGGGACGUGCUGGAUACGAUAUGGUCGGGCCUGACGGGGCUCACCAUCGAUGGCGCGCGCUCACCGUCGCGCCGCGCCGGGGAUGGGGCGCCGUUCCUGGACGCGUCGAGGGUGCGGUUCAUGUCCGUCACGGUCACGCUGCCCAAGGCGUCGCUGCUGGGCGAUGGCGUGAGCCUGACUGCGACCAGCGUGUUUGAGCAGGAUGGCUCGCUGCAGAGGGUGGACGUGUUCGGCACGUGCCUGCGCCUCCACGGCCUGCGCGUGCCGACGCUGAUUGGCGUGAACCCGAAUGAGAGGCUCGCCAAGCAGUUCGUAGUCACGGACAUCGAGGUGGACAAGUUCGACUACGCACCGGAUGCGUACACCGCGCUUGAGGCGCUUGCUGUCAAUAUAAUCGGAGAGUCGGCAUUCGAGACUCUCGAGGCUCUUGGGUCACACCUCGCACGCGCGAUCAUGGCAGACUUCAGACCACUUGCGACUCAGACAUACUCAGGCCCUCUCGGCUGGCAGGUCAAGAUAUCCAUGGAGAAGCCCACCGCAGUUCCCUUCGCGGACGCGCCGUCCGUCGAGAUCCGGGCUGGUGCCGCAGGCCCGCAUGAUAUUCCAGGGGUCCUGAAUCAAACCCGCUGAGCCGCAAGUCAUAAUAUCUUCUUCCUAAACUCUCUUGCUGAGAGGGACGUCGCCUUUGAUGUACUAGGUAGUUGCCAGCAGGCGUCAGCAACAUGGAACACCCCCCUUCGCUAUCACCAUGGCUGGGGUUGAAGUCUCUUACAUGGUCUCGAGACACAGAUGGAGAAAAGGUCCUGUCGACAAAGGCGUCAAUUUCUGCCCGCGCCUUGUCUGUAAGGUCGUCUGUGAUCGGAUCAUCUUCGAGCUCGAAGCGAGUCCAAACGACUAGGUGGACAAUCCGGUCAUCGAUACCAUAAGGCCAGUCAUUGUGAAGUAUCUUGACAUCGUCUGGGUGUUCGAAGGGGACACUACCCAAGGGGACAAUGGGUGACUCCCAGGCCAACCUCUCUGCGAGGAUGAAAUCCAUGACGCUUCCGUAGUCUCGUUUCAGCCCCCAAUUGUACUCCAGAUAGCGCCGCAGGUCCGAGGGCUUCCUCUGAAAAAGGUCAAGCCUGUUGAGCUCGAUACUCCUUCUUAC